GGUACAGUGGUGAUGCUUCCUGAAGGCCCGAAAAGUCAACUUGUACAAGAGGUGAAGCAUUCAGAGGAAUCCUGUCUCGGAAUUGCCUUCACCCGCUGCACGAGAAAUGUUGGAGGAACAUGUCCUCCUUACAUGUGUUGAAGACACUUCUCUAGAGGAACCUGUUCUGGAGAAAUCUGAGCCCACCACCAACCCCCUUGAUGCUGAUGAGUCUGAACAAUCUAUAGACGAGGAACUACCCUGUGAUGUUGAAUCCAUCCCGUCUAUAGAAGUUCUUAAUGCUGAAGUCUCACUUGAGGAUUCGGACGAAGCCCUCUUUGACUCCCUACUUGACGGGUAUGACCAUUCUUACCCGAAGGAAAGUUAUAGUCAAAUGAGCUGGGACGAACUCUUGAUGAGCAACACUGGAGACUCAGGGGAAGGACAUGCCGUAAUCAUCGAGCCAUCAACAGAAAGUCAGCCUAUUGGGGACUUGGAAAGUCAGAUCCUGGCACUAAAGGCCAAUGAUGUGGAUACACCGAGGAGACUCCCACCACCAUCCAUGCAAGACGAGUCUCCUCCAUUUUUCCUGUUGUCACCACGACGCAGGAGUGAGUCAAAGAUCCUGGACUUUGACUGGAAUAGAACUGAACAAAGGUGGCAUCAGAAGAGAGUUAAAAAGGUCAAACUUUAUGACUCUCGGAUCGGUGGAGCUAGGAAUUAGGAGUACUGGUGAACCAUUUUUUACUCGACAAAAAAAAAGAGGAAUGACUAACUUUUGUGCACAAUUUUGUAAAAAUCUUUUCAAAAAAAAUGAGAAUUAUCUCUGUCCCAAACUCUUGUUUUUAUCGCUUAUGACCUCGAGG